AUGAAGGAACAGAUGGAGGUCAUGAUGAAUGCCCUCAAAGGACGAGUGUCCAAUGAUCUUGAUGACCUUGUAAACAGAACUGACUCGCUGUUCACUACCUCCGUCAACUCAUUCCCCCUGCCACAGAAAUUCCGCAUGCCCCAGAUUGAAAAUUACAACGGGGUCAAGGAUCCCCUCGAUCAUCUAAAGACUUUCAAGAUCCUAAAGCACCUUCAAGGGGUACCGGACGAGAUCAUGUGUAGGACAUUCUCGACGACGCUAAAAGGCCCUGCGAGGGUACAAAAGAUCCACCGCAUGCUUAUGAGCUUCAAGCAGCGAGAAGACGAGACGCUGCGGUCCUACAUAACUCAUUUCAACAAGUUGGCCCUUUCAAUUGACGAAGCGGACGAUAAGAUACUCGUAGCUGCAUUCACUAACGGGUUGCGGAAGGGUAAGUUCUUGUUUUCUUUAUACAGGAAUGACCUAAGGACUAUGUCAGACGUACUCUACAGAGCCACCAAAUACAUGAACGCAUUGCUAGCCCGCAAGGAGAAGCCCAGGAAAAGGGAGAGACAGGAGGACACACGACAGGAUAGGGGGCGAAAGAUUAAAGAUGAAGGAGCACUGACAUUCCCCGGUAAACUGAAGGGAGAUCCCAACAAGAGGCCAAGGGACAAGUAUUGUCGCUUUCACCGUGACCACGGGCACGACACAGCUAACUGCUACGAUCUGAAACAGCAGAUUGAGGCCCUUAUUAGACAAGGGAAGCUAUAG